AUGGCCGUAGCAUCGGCAUAUAUGGCGUCCUCUGGAGCAUUGAAUUCUGCAUUCAGCCCAUUCACUGACUCUCCGAGCUCGCCUGUUUUAUAUCAGUCUGACUUUCCCGACAGGUCUUUAACCACGUCAGAUACUCUGGCACCUCCCCCGUCGCCAUAUCCCCAACAGAUUGAGCCUUCGCCUACAGACUCCAAUGGUACCGAGAGUACAGACAUCGAAGAGGAUGUUCAAGAUGAGGUUGAGGAUACCACUGUAGGCACUGCAGCACAAUGCAGUCGGUCUCAGAGCCGAGAGAGUCUCGUCAGACUAGACACGACCAUCGCUUUACUGUCACGAUCCAAUUCAGACGAGGCACCUUCGUCGGUGAUACAUGCGCCUCCUGGUUUCGUAGAGCUUGAUAAAUCGCACCGACUGAGCUCGCAAAGUAGCACCAGCACAUCUAAUCGUCAUUUCGAUGUCACCAGCACCUCCCCGAGCACCCCUGAUGCAGCUGUGGGCCCUAACGACAAACGCAUGUCGUCUGUCACAUUACCGUUGGAUACAAAUAUACCGCCAGAGCAAGGUACCGACAGGCCUACUCCACGAGCUCAAACUCGACAGGAAUCGGACGAUGAGUGGAAGAGACGAUCUCGGCGGACAUCGAGUCUCGAAGACAUCCCAGAGACGACCCUCGGUAGCCGUAGCUUCGGCGAAACCAACGACUCCCGGCCUCGAUCUUACUCGGAAGAUGAAGUUUCGGAACUGCGAUUGGCACUAAAAGAAUGUUGGACCCUCUGCAACACUCUUUCCAACCUGAGCUCUAAUCACCGCCAGCGCAUGUUUACGGGAUCUGGACCGGACAGUUUGCAGGAGCAUGCAUGGCGAAGCUGCUGGUACCUCUGCAAGCAGCUAUACGAAUCAUACGAUAAUCGCUCCCAGACCGUCUCUUCUAUCCUAGAAACAUGUCGUGAGUUUUGUCAGGCUCUGUUCGAUGUUCGGCUACGCGGUGAUGAGUCUAUAGACUCUGUCUUAAGAGUCAGCUUCGAGAUGAACAACCAUCUCUACAAUACACAUGAUCGCAACCUUCCGGAAUCGUUCAGAGAAAGAACCCUGGAUUUCCAUGUCACCUUGUGCCAUCGAAUGAUGAAACAGCAAACUUCACUAUCUCGAGAGACUGAUGCAUUACUGAGAGCUUGCUGGUCCUUGGCUGAAACACUCUUCAACCUAAGGCAGGGGAGUCGAGAUGCAAGAAGGUUUGACGAAAUGCUUGCUUCUGCUAUCCAAGCUUGCUGGGAUUUGUCAGAUAUAUUCAGGGAAGGUUGGAGUCAUCUCCGUCCCGACAGGAGUACACCACGUCCUACUCAAGUUGGGUUCCCGCCUUCAGUGUCGCAUUACUCGACUGGACAAUCCGAUCGAGCUCCCUCCAGUCUUAGCAGCGAGUAUCACGACGCACCAUCGCUACCACCAGAAACGCCUACCACAAUCUUCGACGACGCAACUACAGCCUCGUCUCCUGAAUCAGUCGACGUACCUAACAUUCUGGUACUUGGACCCGCUCCCCCUAUAAGCUCCAGUGGCUCAGCACGGGGAGCCAAACAUCACGACCGAUGGUCCAGUAAUGCAUCAACACUGAGCGAUUACUCAGAGUCUGCAAAUUCGCAGCGCACUUCAUCCACCGCACGCGCAAACUCUGACGGCAAGCAUCUCCUUCGCUUGCGUUGCCUUAUCCUCAGGGCUGCUAUCAACACCGGCUUCUCUCGGACAUCUGGUCAGUCGCUUUCCUCGUACGUCAAAUCACUUCCACCGAACACAUUUGGCAACUCGACAUGGCAAAUUCAGCUACUCGAACAUUAUAAACAUCUGGUCACUGCCGAUAAAAGUCUGCAAUCUGCGGCAACGAUGCCUAGUCGAAGUCUUACUGCUUUAGAGGUCGCCAAAGCGGUUGUGUGGUUAAGCAGAAGUGAAGAUUGGAGGUGGUUGAAAGAUCUCUAUUGCUCAGUCAUGGGAUUCGACGUGGAAGAAGCUGAAGUCAGAGGUGGAUUUUUCCAGAUUUGAUUACAUGAUGCUCCCUGAACGGCACAUGAACU